GCUGUGUCUGUUGAACCCGGUGAAUAGGUAUAUAUAGGGCUCCGCUCGUGUUCUCACAACCUCUCUGUCGGACUCGUCAACCUAGUUCAUCGCCAUCCACCAUCCGCCGUUAAAAGAAAAGAGUCAUGAAGCUGUCCCUGGUUUCGGUCUUGGCAUACAGCCUCGCUGUAGAGGCACACUGCAUCUUCCAGAAACUGUCCGUCAACGGCCAGGAGAGCGGCUCUCUGGUUGCCCUCCGAGCACCAAACAACAACAACCCAGUGCAGGAUGUCAACAGCCAGAACAUGGCAUGCGGCCAGCCGGGUUCUACUUCACAGGAGAUCAUCAAUGUCGCGCCCGGUGACAAGAUCGGUUCAUGGUGGCAGCAUAUCAUCGGUGGUGCACAGUUUGCCAACGACCCGGACAACCCGAUCGCAAAGUCCCACAAGGGCCCCGUCAUGGCCUACCUUGCAAAGGUGGACAACGCCGCCUCGGCCUCGCUCAGUGGACUGCAGUGGUUCAAAAUUUGGGAGGACACCUUCGACACUACCAGCCUCCUGUGGGGUGUCGACAACAUGAUCGCCAACAACGGAUGGACCUACCUCACCCUGCCCGAGUGUAUCGCUCCUGGGCAUUACCUCCUGCGCGUGGAGAUCCUGGCCCUGCAUUCGGCAAAGAGCCAAGGAGCCGCCCAGUUCUACCAGUCGUGUGCUCAGAUCAACGUCUCCGGCUCGGGGACCUUUACGCCAUCGUCAACCGUCACCUUCCCGGGCGCAUACCAGGCGAACGACCCUGGCAUCCUGGUAAGCAUCUACGGCAAGUUGGGCGCUCCGGACAAUGACGGCCUCCCGUACGCGGCUCCAGGGCCGGAACCCAUCACCUGCUAGACCUGGGAUAUAUACAUAAGGCGUUCCCGGGCGAGGAUGCAUUUGCAUGACUGCUUUCCUUACACAUUGUCUAUUACAUUCGCGAGUAAAAGCAGCCCCUAUUACAAGUCAGCUUUACACUGUGCUGGGAGGUUGCAGUGAGGAUAUUCUAGCCACAGCGUCUUACAUACCUACCUAUAUACCUUACGUAUUAAGAGUGACAUAU